AUGUCUUUUGGAACUUUGCUGACGUAUGCUCUCUCUCUCUCUCUUCCUCUACUCGGCCUUCAUCUUGAUGCUCGACUCUGGAACCAUCUGGUGCAGUGUUGCAUCGACGACAAUCAGGAAAUGUGCCGUCUGUUGCUGAGAUUCGGUGCUGACGUCAACGCCCGUGACACGGAACUCUGGACGCCCCUCCACGCUGCAGCCACCUGCUGUCACACGGAUCUCUGCAAACUCCUGAUUGACAGUGGGGCCGACUUGCUGGCUGUUAAUGCUGAUGGAAACAUGCCCUACGACAUCUGCGAGGAUGACACCACCCUUGACCUCAUCGAGAGUGAGAUGGCUAGUCGAGUGGAGGGCGUUCCCGAGAUGCGUAUUUUCUAA